AAAAACAAAACAUCAGAACUCCGAGCCGCGUGUUUCAAGUCAGUUCGAAGUUUCUCAAUAUUACCAAAAUUUUCGUCAUGAUUUACAUGCCCAGUUUUAGAUAACUAAGAUUUUUAGAUAACGCUUUUAAAAUGCUUAGUAUGAAGAGAUGAUAACUUGCUAAGGACAGUGACCUUAGUAAAGUAUGGCUAAAAUAAGCAGCUCCACAAUGGAAAUUACCUUCCUUGGGACAGGAUCUGCUUAUCCUUCACCGUCACGCGGGGCUUCAUGUGUCAUCCUCAAAAUGGAUGAUGGGUCCUGGAUGUUUGACUGUGGUGAAGGGUCUCAGAUACAGCUUCAAAAGAGCAAAGUCAAGGCCGGAAAAGUCAAUAAGAUAUUUAUAUCCCAUCUCCAUGGAGAUCAUAUGUUUGGGUUACCAGGGCUACUGUGUACCAUCAGUGGAAACAACCAGAGAUCUGAGCCACUAGAAAUCUAUGGACCAGUGGGGCUACGCAAGUUUAUAAGAACCAGUUUAGAGCUGUCUAGAACUAUACUGGGCUUUACUUACCUUGUUCAUGAAAUGAAAGUGUUGCCAUGCCAGAUACCUAGUGAUAUUCAGAAAUGGAAGAUAAACGAGUUGUGUGAUUCGAAUAAUCUGCACCCAAAUGAAAGGAAAGGUCGACUUAUUGAGGCAGAUCAAGAUAAAGUCUGGACACUGUAUAGCAGUGAGAAAAUAACGGUGAAGGCUGUUUACCUGAAACAUAGAAUUCCUUCUUUUGGUUUUUGUGUACAGGAAGCUUCUUGUCCAGGAAAACUUGACCUUUCUAAACUCACCUUGCAAGGAGUAAAGCCUGGUCCAUGGUGUAAAGAAGUUAAAGAUGGAAAAGUUGUGACACUUCCUGAUGGAAGAAAGAUAGACCCUGCUGAUGUAGUGGGGCCCCCUAAGCCUGGACGCAAACUGGUGAUUCUAGGGGACACUUGUAACUCUUCGGAGAUCUACACUGUGGGCACAGAUGCUGAUGUUGUUGUCCAUGAAGCAACUCUUCAGAAUUCUCUGAAAGACAUGGCCCUAGAGAAAGGUCACUCCACACCAGAAAUGGCUGCAGAGGUUGCUAGUGACCUGAAGGCACGGCUGUUGAUUCUGACCCAUUUCAGUCAGAGAUACCUUCCCGUGUCAGAGGAGUAUGAGGAGGAAGAAACAGUAUCCAUUCUACUAAAGGAAGCAGUGGAAAUAAUGGGACCAAACAGAGUGAUAGCAGCAGAAGAUUUUCUCACUGUCACAAUUCCUUUACGAUCUGCUCCAACAAAAAAUGAUGCAGAAGGGAGCGCACCAAACCUAGCAAUAUUCAAACAGUCAUCCGCUCUCAAGAGAGAUCAUGCGGAAAAUUCGGACUCGGUGAAAAAAAAUGUAGAACAGUGUGACAGAACUUAUUCAGAGAAAACAAAUGUCAAAAGGUUAAAGGUAGAAGGGUCAACAUGAUGAUGUAUGACUUAGUUAUAGUAUUUGAAUUGUUAGGUUGUGUAGCAUCAUUUUUUUUUAAGGAAAGUGUUUUGAUAUAUUAGUUCCUAAAAUUCAUUUCCAGUCUAUAUUGGUUCAAAUAAAUUUUUUGGUCACUCAGGUAACCUAUUGCUUUUCAUCUGCAUUCGUUAUUGUUUUGACUUCUUGAUAACUACCCAACCAGUUAUUUUUUAAUUUGGUAUGAAGCAUCUUUUGGACAAGGGGGACAUGAAUUUAAGGACAAACAAACACUUCCAAACAUUGACCAAUUUUCAAAAUUCUUAUCUUCAGCUGCACAUCUUAAGAAAAACCCAAAACUGUAAAUUUCAUGAUUUAUGGGGUAGAAGUUCUAACUUCAGGGCAGAGCCAAACUUGGUAUAUAGUGUAAAACAUUUAAAUAAUACCAUCUUUAAUGCUAUUGAUGGUAAAUUGAAACUAAAUAGAAAGAGCAGGUAGCCCUUAAACAAGAUUUUCAUUUAUUAUCCCAGGAGUUGGGUUACCCUGGUACCAGUAUGCUCUUUGUGAUUAAAUGUCUCUAUCAUUUGAAAGACUUCUUUAAUUCUGCUGAUACUAUAUCAAAACCAAAUGCAUAUUUAUGAUAGGCAGAAAAGAAUGCUCCAAAAUUGUGAAUUUCGCAACCCCAAGGUUGCAGAACCAAAAUAGUCAUAGUGUUAAUAUAUAUUGUAUAAAGUCUAAUAUCAGUAUUGGCAUUUUUAGGGACAUUUGUGUUUUUAAAAGAACACAUCAUUAUACCCCCCGAACGAAGUUCAGGGGGGUAUAUAGGAAUCACUCUGUCUGUCCGUCUGUGCAGAUUUGUGUCCGGGCCAUAACUUCUUUGUUCUUUGACAUAUGCAUACCAUAUUUGACACAUUAGUGUAUCACCAUGAGACGAUAUGUCAUGUACCUUCAUUACCUCUAUAUGACCUUGACCUCAAGGUCAAAAUUAAAGGUUUUUACAAUGGAUUCGUGUCAGGGCCAUGACUUCUUUGUUCUUUGACAUAGGCAUACCAUAUUUGACACAUGAGUGUAUCACCAUGAGACGAUGUGUCGGGUACCUUCAUGACCUCUAUAUGACCUUGAACUUUGACCUCAAGGUCAAAAUUGAUUAUAGGGUUUUGACAUAGUCAUACCAUAAGACAUGGGUGUAUCACCAUGAGACUAUGUGUCAUGUACAUUCAUGACCUCUUUAUGACCUUGACCUUUGAUCUCAAGGUCAAAAUUAUAGGUUUAUGCCAUGGAUUUGUGUUUGGGCUAUAUCUUCCAUUUUCUUCUACAAAGGCAUACCAUAUUUUUACACUCAGGAAAGAGGUAAUUUAUACCUAUUAACAACAUCCUUUGGUAGAUUGAGGUAAGCGGGGGUAUUCUUAGUGAGCAUUGCUCACAGUACCUCUUGUUUGAUAGUACUGCAGAACAAUAGAAUUUUUCUUAGACAUGUAGAACAGGAAAAUUAUUAUAGAUUUUGUAGCCCUUGGGGCUAGUGAUACUUUUAACUAAUACUCAGGUGACUGAUAAGGCUUGAGCCUUUUGUACUAUAUGAGAGUCAAUGGUACAUGUAUAACUAAACCUAACAAUAGUGAAACAUCCUCUUGCAGUGGACAUAAUGUACUAACAGAGAUAUUGACCUUGACCUAAUACUUGGACCCAUUUCCUACUCGUCAUCUCAGAAGCAAGUGCGAGACUGAAAUAUGAUGUGGCAUUUUGAACAUGUUGUCCACAGUUGCAACAUUAUUUCUCUUACAAAUACACUCACAUCAAGUACAUGUAGUCAAUAUAUCCUUCACAAAGUACUUGUAAGGAGAUAAAAUGGCCUGAACCUCCUUAAAUUUCUAGAUUCCUGAAUUCUAUUAUUUCUGCAGAUUUUAACUUGCCACAAAGCAAUUAAUCAACAUGAAAUGAUAUGCAAUAAAUGCCUCAUCAAAUUUAUGUUACUCAUAUGUUUUGUAUAUCUUUGUUUUAAAUAGAUGUAUAUAUAGAAAAAAAUCUUUUUAAAAUUUUUAGUCCAUAGAGCUUCUUCAUGUGGACAUUCUAACACAGUAGUACAUGUACAUCACUGGACCCAGUGAGGUCUUAAAAGUGAUCAAAGAAUUUGUGUCGUGCAUGUCUCCAUUUGCAAAAUCCUGGAUCCUCCACUGUACUGUUCGCUGAAACAGUGGAUUACCUUCAAAACUCCUUUGCUAGAAGUAAUAAAACACUUCAGUAUCUCUUUAAGUUUUCAGAAUUAAAGUUUCAGAUUUCGUUCAUAGUAACUUUGUGGGUUAUGUCGUUCGUGACAUCCACUUGAUGGAUUUAUUGUGUUGUACUUCUAGUGUAAAAACAGUUUUCUUUGAAAAUUAUGAUUUGUAGUCAAACCAUUUUAUCAACAAGGCUGGAAUAACAAAUUCAGUCAACAUCAAUGUUAGAAUUUAUUAGAAAAAGUACACAUGCACUGUUAGACAAUAAUUUCUCUUGUUUAAAAAAAACAUGAAGAAAUAAAGUUUUUAUUUUCUUGUA